CCAAGGAAAUCGCAUGACCACCAUCUGAACUCUUUUCUUGCUGUCCCCGUUCUAUAGCCAGCUAGGCCACUGACGCUCUAUACGCCAGCCAAUCCUCGAUGUCGUGUUUGGAGACACCAUGGUUGAAAUAUUGUGCGAAUCUGUCUCGAGUCUGGGCAGCACCACCGGGAUGGGGAGCCCGCCCAACUUCGAUCUCCCCGUCCCAACUCUGGAGAGAUUCGAUCCCAGGGCCUCGAUUGUCAUUGUCGGGGAAGCAAGGACAGGCAAGUCGACCUUGGCCGUGAUCGCCUGUGCUGCGCUCGGCCGACGCCUUAUCGACUUUUGUGCCUUUUUCCAACAGCGCACCGGCCUCCGAAGACGGGACUUUGAGGCGGAUCACGGAACCGUCGAGUGCAGGUCUCGCGAGUUGGCGCUCCUCCAAGAGCUGCUGCUGGUGAGCGACAAGGGUCAUAUCAUCAUCGUCCCGACGACCUGCGUGGCGUACCCGGGUUCUCAGCGCCUGAUUAGGAAAUUUGCGCAAUCUCACCCGGUCAUCCACAUCGCCGGCAACCUCGAGAACGGCACUAGCCCACCGCCGGAGGCUGACGCAUUCCAGGGCUCCAGGAACACCAGCUAUCGGAUCAGCCAGUCGUGCUCCAACUACGAGUACUAUAAUCUCUUCGAGGACUCAGCCGAUAUAACUCGCAAGUCUCCCAGCCACGGCGUCAGCGAUUCCACGGCGGCAUACAGCUUUGGAUCCUCUUUCCUCAGAUUGAAGCGUGUCGAACAAGAUUUCCUGCGCUUUCUCGGGUCCGCUUUGAUGACUCCACGCCGUGGUUUUCUCAGUGGGAUGGAACAGGACUAUCCCCUCCCAGUGCAAACGCCGUUCACCUGCGCUCUCUCACUGACGCCCUCCGAGCUGCAAAAUGCUAAAAAUCUGGAGGGUAUGCUGUGUGAUGGGGCUGAUGCUGUGGAAAUCAGAAUCAGCCUGGCCGAUGACAACUGGGCUAGAUCUUCCCCCACUUCUGACAUCUUUGAGAUUGUCAGCCGUGGCUUUACCGCCGUCCGCCGCAUCUUUACGGGGCCGAUCCUGUACCACGUUGUGAAACCGGAGCCUCUGAGACACUCGCCGGAACCGGAAUCGGUGCACGAUGGAACCCAGGAAGCCAUAUAUCUGGAUCUCCUCUGCCACGGCCUGCGUCUCUGCUCGGACUACCUCACGGUCGACCUGUCCUGCGAUGAUAGCUUCAUCAGGAAAAUCGUGGCGUCCCGGGGGCCAACGCAGAUCAUGGGACAUUAUCACGACCCUUCUCUUCGUCCCGACGGAUGGUCCCGUGCGGACCGUAUGGUCAAGUAUAUUCGGGCAAGGUCGCUCGGCUGCCGGAUUGUUCGCCUUACUCAAGUUGCCGAGUCAGAGGCGGACAAUCUCGGCGCCCGGCAAUUUGCCCACAACGUCCGAACUUCUGGGUACCUCCACCCUGAGCUAAUCGCCUACAAUACUGGGCUUCAGGGUCGAACGUCCUGCUGCUUCAAUCCGAUAUUCACUCCUGUCUCUCCCUCUUUGCCCCUCAUGUCAGGAGGCAGACCGGUCCCGUCGAACCAAGCUUCAUUCUUAACACUCAAAGAUAUACAGACAGCGCUCUAUGCUUCAUUUGUCCUGAACAAGAUGCAUCUAUACAUCAUCGGGACCGACGUAUCCUCCAGUCUAUCCCCGCCGAUGUACGAGACGGCCUUUAGACAUCUAGGCCUACCACACACAUUCGUGCCCAGGAGCAUGGCGUCCAUUCGAGAAGUAGAGGACUUAAUUGCGGACGAUAGCUUCGGCGGCGCCAGUAUCGCGCAGGGACACAAGGUGUCGGUACUCCCCUACACGCGAUACAUAUCCCACCACGCUAGGAUGAUCGGCGCAGUCAACACGCUCAUCCCCAUCAGAUGCAAGUGGGAAGGGCGCAGCACUCCCCCGCUCGGGUUCUGGCGGCAGAGAAACAGAUCUGGUCCCGUCAAGGGUCUCUACGGAGAGAACACGGAUUGGAUCGGCAUAUACAGAUGCAUAGCCAAGAGGCUCUCGCCGGUCAACGCUAUCAGCUCUAGGACAACCGGUCUCGUCAUGGGAGCCGGCGGCAUGGCCAGGGCGGCGGUAUACGCCAUGAUGCAACUCGGAGUGCGCCAUAUUUUCCUGACCAACCGCACAACCGUCAACGCAUACACCCUAGCCGACCAUUACAACAGCCAGACUGUCGGCCAGAACGGCGUGCCAGACGAGUCCGGCGCCGACACGCUGAACCUCUCCAAGAGGGCGUCGGUAGGAUCAGCACGGGUGCACGUCAUUGAGUCGCUGGACCACCCGUGGCCUCAGGGCUACGCCCAGCCGACUAUGGUCGUCUGCUGCAUUCGCGCCCCCGUCGAGAUCCACGGCACGCAGCCCGGUAUCACUAUACCGCCGCAGUGGAUCAAGAGCCCCAAUGGCGGAGUUGUGAUUGAUACCUGUUAUGAACCCCUGCUAAGCCCGCUGAUCCGCCAAAUGCGCCGCGAAGCCCACAGGGGCUGGGUAACGGUCGACGGACUGCUGCUGCUGCCCGAGCAGGCCGCCGCGCAGUUCAAGCUCUUCACCGGUCGGGAGAGCCCGUAUAUCCGGAUGUGCAUCGCCGUGUUGCAGCACUACCAGUCGGAACUCGAUCCAGAGACAGCCGACUUGAUACAGCUUAGAAUGAAGGAGCUGUAUGGCAAGCUUGGUCUUGACCCUCCGCGUUCCGGUGUGUCAUGAUGACCGCUGACCGCGGUUCCCAUACACCUUUUCGACGGAUCUCUUCGGCUCAACGACAUGCCUAACUAAAGAUAGGACAGAAAAGACUUAAUGGGGGAUCAAGAGGUCGGCACAACGGAAAGUUGUACAUUUAUGCAUACCAGGAAGCAGCAUUCAUCGUGGAGUUCUGUUUAGCGAUACUUGUUUGUAAAUAGUUGAGUGACUCUGUGAUUGAGAUUACCUGCUUACAAACUAUAUGGUUCAAUAUCUACAGGCGCUUCUGUCUCUAGCGACUUCUUUACGGCCUCACAAACAAUCAGGGCCGCCAACCCCG